AAAAAUUAUACCAGUAUGAGUUUUCUGUACACACAGUUGAAAGGUCUUACCCAUCUAAAUAGGCAAGAUUCUGGUAAAGACUACAGUAAUGAAGGCAUGACAACAUCUUUUGGACCCAACAAGAAGAAAAAAAAAAGAAGGCACAGGACUAUUUUUACCAGUUACCAACUAGAAGAACUAGAAAAAGCGUUUAAAGACGCUCACUAUCCAGAUGUGUAUGCUAGAGAAAUGUUAUCUUUAAAAACAGACCUGCCAGAGGAUCGGAUACAGGUCUGGUUUCAAAAUCGCCGAGCAAAAUGGCGAAAAACCGAAAAAUGCUGGGGAAGGAGCACAAUUAUGGCAGAAUAUGGUUUAUACGGUGCUAUGGUCAGACAUUCACUGCCACUGCCCGAAACGAUUUUGAAAAGUGCCAAGGAAAACGAGUGUGUUGCUCCUUGGUUGCUCGCCAUUAAUGUUUCAGGUAUGCACAGAAAAUCGAUAGAAGCGGCUGAUCAACUAAAAGACGAUAACACAGUAUGCAGUGGGACAAGUCAAAAAAGUUUCAAAGACGACGACGAAGAAGACGAAGACGUAAACGAUGAAGACGAGGACGACACUUCAAAGAGGACGUCAGGAAGAACUAGUCCAGAAAUACCGACGGACAUGUCGCCACAAAGACACCACCAACAACAUGGCGCCGAAGCGGUUGCAGCGGCCCAGGACCGACAACAACAGCAAUGUGCGGCCAACGCGGAAGCCCAUCGGCGGAUUCAACAGGAAAUACAGUCGCAGAUGGAACAGCACCACGCGGCAGUCAUGCAAUUGGCUGUUAAUCGAGCGCAGGACUCGGAAGAGUUUAGAAACAACAGUAUUGCGUGUCUCCGAGCCAAAGCGCAAGAGCACAGUGCCAAAAUAUUGAGUCUGUCUGCGGACGCCCUUAUGUUGGUCAACAACAACGGAGGAGGUUUCCGAAGCCGGAAUCUGACAUCUGACGUGCUGAUGACCUCAUCGGGAACAGUCGACGGCCAGGCGAUGGGAGACUGCGAUGCCAAUGCAAACAACAUGCGAGGCGUCAACCAACAACAGACUGAUAUAAUGGUCACAUCAUCGGACACGUCUUCUUCGCUGUUCUAAACAGCAAACGACUCGUUAACUUGUGUGUCGAUCUCGCGUUAAAAAAUGCCAUGGUGGCUCAGUAGGUUUUAUAGUCCACAAAUAUCAUGAUUAAUAAUAAAUUCUUUUUUAUACAAAAAAAAAAAAUUACGUUUUAUUUAAACCGAAAUAAUUAGAAAAUUAUGUAAACAUAAGUGACGUUUAUUGUAAAUAGUAACUUUUGCAUAAUACUUGUAAAAAAAAAAUAAAAACAAAACAUAACUUGUACAAAGAUAUUUUAUCGUGUGUUGUUAUUAAAAAAUUAUAUACCUAUAUGUACGUGCAAUAAAUCGUAUUUUUUUUUUUAUUUUUUCUUUUUGACUUUUUCAUGUACGCAUUUUUCUUAGCUCGAAAAUUAAAUUUUAGAAUACAUACAAAUAUAUAAAUAUGCUUGUUAUAAUAUCGGUGGUGUUUUGUUACAAGAGCAAAUACGAAAAAAAGGAAAACAGUAUAUGCUAGUGCGCCUACUAAAGUUAAUUAAUUUAUACACAACUAUAAAAUUAUGGAAAAAAAAACAAUAAUUAAUAUUUGCAAAUUUUUAAUCGCAAACAAUUUUUUUUAUAUAUAUUUUUUUAAUACACUCUUUAUAUAAAACACCAUCAAUAUAUUUCGCCCUAUCUCAAUCCCUCUUUUUAAUCAUAACUAAUAUCAAUGAUAGUAUUGUGGUAUUGUUAUUUUUCCAUUUAUUUAUUUAUUUAUAUCAUUUAUACUUACAGUAUAAUUUAUUAAGAAUAAUACUCACAAUCUUUUGAUUAAAUGAUGAUUAUUGAAAGUUUUGUUUAAUAUGUGAACCACCAUAAUUAUCAAGUUUAAUUUAGAAAAAACGUUAUAGUAAAAAGUAGUUCUAUAGGUAAAUUUUGAAAGCUAAACGAGGACCUAUAAUUAAUUUUAUAUCGUGUAAUGAAUAAUUUAAAAAAAUUGACUGGUUGAUAACAAGUUUAGAAAUACAACUUUUGGGAAACUAUAACUCAGAUAUAACGAGGGGAUUCAUAACGCAGUAGAAUUCUAAACCUGUCUUAUACAUGUUCCCAAUAAACAAACCUUCAAAAGGUACCAUUAAAAAUAAUGUUUUCCUACAUUAAACUUACAAUUAUCAUGGUUUACAAACAAAAUUUUAUACAGUACACUUUUAUAAAAAAAUCAUUACUUAACCAAAAAAUGUUUAGUAUUCCUAAUAAAUCACAUUGUAGAUAUACAAAUAUUAUUUUUGUUUUGUGAUCUCAUAUAUGUUUAUAAUACACUUUUAGGGAUAUGCAUCACUAAAAGUGACGUAUGUCACAUAUUUACAAUAUACAAAUUAAAUGAUUAUUGUAUUAUAUAUUAUGUUCAAAAUUAUGUAAAUUUAAUUUUUUAUAUGUUAAACAUAUAACGCAUUCUAGAUAUAUUACUGAAGCUAAACUACUGAAACAAUGAUUAAUUAUUAAUAUUAAUGUUUUAUUAAUUUAAAUGGUUACAUUAUAAUCU